ACAACCUGAUCCCUCGAUUAAAAUAUAGAAAAAGUAGGAAAGGAGAAGAAAAAGAAAACGGCCAAAGAAGAGUAUCACGGUGUAGGUCAUCAAUUCCUCUCGCUUUAGUCACAAUGAGAAAUCUAAGACCACGAUCUUCUCAAAACAAGCAGGGGUUUAGUGGAAGAUCACGUCGGAACGAUUACAUAAGUUGGAUGCCAGAUGAAUUGCUUCUUAUGAUACUACAUCGUUUGCCUACAAAAGAGGCGGUGGCCACCGGCAGUCUCUCCACCAGAUGGAGGUUCUUGUGGCAUAGUUUAAAUAUGUUUGACUUUGAUGGUGAAAAAACCUCAGAAAACAUGAAGGACGAUAGUCUGUUCGUGUUGAUUAACAAGCGGAUCAACUUUAUUGAUCAGGUGAAUAAUGUCAUUCAACAUCACAACCUUCCGACAGUUCAAUACUUCCGGAUUCGUUUUGAUUUGAAUAUGGUUCAUAUCCUAGAGAUUGAUCGUUGGCUCCAGUUUGCGUUGGACAAGAAAGUUCAGAUUCUUGAACUAGAUUUGAUGGAGAAGAGUUACAUGACUCGUGAAAAUCCAGAUGAAAACUAUGAUCUCCCAUUACCAUUAGCUAAUGGAAAGAUGAGACACUUUUACGAAUGGCCUUUACCGAAUGAUAUUGUUUUGGAGAUGUUUUCUCUAAAAAAGCUCAUAUUGUACGGUAUUAGUGUGACUGAACCAACCCUAAAAGGAUUUUUUAAAGGUGCUCAACGUCUUGAAGAACUUUCUAUAUGUGGCUCUCAUUUGCCGACUCAUAUUCAUGUUGGUGGACGUGACAAUAACUUGAAACACUUUAAACUAAUUCAGUGUUCUGGGGUUGAGUUCAUUUCUUUGUAUAAUUUUGACCUUGUGUCGUUUAUCCAUGUCGAUAAAUUCGUAGAAUAUCAUUUUGAUGAUCUGCCAAAGCUUAAAAGUCUUACUAUUGGCAGUAUUAGUGUGGGUUUGGAGGAUAAUGUGUUCUCCCAGAUCUCAUCUUGUGUUUCCUCCCUUCAGGUUCUUGACUUGGACAUAGUACUUAUGGACAGUUUAAAUACUAACGCCAUUCCCAAACUCCCAAAUGUCAAGAAAUUGAUGCUGAUAAUUAGAACCACACAAGAUGAUAAUCUACUAGACUACACUUCUAUAGCUAAAGCAUGCCCAAUUUUGGAGGUUUUUGAAAUCACGCUAUUUUGGUUUUCACCACUAGUUAUAAGGAGGAGAAAAGUAAGGCGUACUGCUACUCACCGCCAUGAACACCUUAAAAAGCUUACAAUUAAGGGGUAUUAUGGUCGUAUCAGCGACCUUGAGCUUGUUGUAUACGUGAUAGAGAAUUCUAUUGCACUUAAAGAAAUUGUUAUAGAUCCUUCCUGCGUUUAUUCAUCUGAAGAUCUAACGGUGGAGAAAAAGUUGAAGUGUGAGAAACAAGCUCGAUCUUCUGCCAUUCGCCAGCUGAAGUCAAUAGUUCCUGGAGGUGUAGAGUUGAUCAUAAAAUAAUUAGCCUUUCAACCUUUCACACACGGCUUUUGUAAUCUAAUAGUGCACAUGUGUUUGAAAUGUGAAAGACCCUUUUUUUAGGUUGUUCAGACUUUUAAACUUCUGCAAAAAGUUAUUAAUGUGUAUUCUUUACCAUUUCCA